AAUACCUAUCCAGGCAUUGUAAGAUCUGUUAUGCGUCAGCAACGUCUGAGCCGAGGAACGCGACCAAACAGUAUGAAAAAAGAGUGGCGUGAGCAUGUCAAUCAAUGAGGUUAUUGAUUAGCUGAAAUGCUAGCACCUGGUUGCACUUGCCAGCUGGUAAUUAAAGAUGGCUGCCAACUGAAGUAGCAAACCUCUGCUCAGGUAGAUCGGCCAACACAACACACACACCUGAAUACCUGUUAAGCUCGUUACCAUUCGUAAACGUUAACACAGAUGGCUUCUAGAUGUGGGCAGGGAUGGGCAGCAGGGUCCCAGAGGAGACGACAGGAGAGCUCAGACCUCCAGGACACAUACCUCCUCCAUGGGGAGCCUAGCCCCCCUCUCAGUAACCUGUCUCUCCAUGCUUCCUGGUGGUCUGGCAGGGACGAUCACAGAGAGACAGGGCCCUCCCUUGGAAGGGACGAUCACAGAGAGACAGGGCCCUCCCUUGGAAGGGACGAGCACAGAGAGAUAGGGCCCUCCCUUGGAAGGGACGAGCACAGAGAGACAGGGCCCUCCCUUGGAAGGGACGAGCACAGAGAGACAGGGCCCUCCCUUGGGGAGCAACUGGUUGAGAGAAAUCAGCACGUUGCCAGACUACAGGAUGCACUGAGACGCGAGAGAGAGAAGGGUUCCAGCCUGCAGUGUCGGUGUAAUCAGCAGGGGUCAGAGUUGAGGCGUAGAGAGCAGCACAGCGCCAGACUGAAGGAGAGACUAACCCAACUUGCAGAGAGACACAGAGAGAGAGGCGCCUCCAUGGAGCUGUUGAACCCGGUGCCCAGAGGUCAGGUGAAGAGGGACAGACCAGCCAGGACCAACGGAAGGAAGGAGGAGGCAGCGCUACGUGUGAUGCUGGAGAGGCGAGAGGCGGAGUUAAGGGAGGCCAUGAAGCUCCGACACAAACUCACCACGCUACUGCACGCGCUCAGAGCAGACAUGGAACGGACCCUAUUGGACACUGUGGGUGACCAGGAAGAGGACCCAGACAGCGCCAAAAUGCUGGUUCAGUCAGAGGAGUCCCUGGGUGAACAUGUGACAGGGGGUGUGUUCCAGGGAUGGAAGAGUGUGCAGAGGAGACUAGGGGACCUCCUGAGUCAGGGUCACGUGGCUGUGGGGACUGACCAGGAUAAGCUCUUGGCCCAGCUAGAGACAGAGUUGGAUCAGAGUCAACAGUUGGUCAAACUGCAGCAGCAUCUACUACAGGACAGUGUGAUCACUCCGGUCCCGGCCGCUCUGACAGACUGCUACUUCCUGGAAGAGUGGGAGCGGCUUCAGGACAGCUGGGCGGAGCUAGAACACCAGAAGCGAAGCUUCCAUAGGGAGAGACGGGCCUUCACCGACGCCGCCAUCCGAUUGGGCCACGAGAGACGUGAGUUUGAGCAGCAGAGGGCCUGUGUGGUGAAGCAGCAUUAUCUGUUUGACUCUCCGUUGGGGAGGACGUUGCAGCGUCACAACAGGAGAGAGAGCACCGUCCUCAAUCUCUCCGAUUCUGAUCACAUGAUCUUGUCCGGCUGCCGGCCGGCCACGCCCUCCUCUGCCGAGUCUGGGAUCAUACCCUGGUUAGGGUCAUCGGGGUCUCUGCAGGUUCAUGGCAAGGUCAAAGUUCACACGCCCAGCACCCCAGAGCUCUACUCAGCCCUCCAACUGCCCUACAGCUGCAGGUCCAGUGAGAGUGAUGCCCAGUCAGAGUGCUGGGAUGUGGGGGCAGAGAGGCUCCAGUUCGCCCCCACUGGUCCUCACCUGGAUGGGUCAUUUCAGUAGUAUUGCUGUUUAUAUGUCGUUUCCAUUGUAUGUUUUAUAAUUUUGUCUGUUUCAGUUGUAUGUCGUUUCUAUUGUGUUUUAUGAAAUCGUUUUUCAAUGUGAUUAAUAAAGAUGAAUUGUUUGACA